AUGUUUCACUUCUUGUACUUUAUUGUUUAUCUGGCUUGCUUGAUUGGUGGUGCUUGGUGUGUUUCGGAAGGAGGUGAUAUCUUGGGAGAAAAGUAUGAUGCUUCUGUUGUGGGUGGUAUUAUUUUGUCGGGUUUGAAUACAUUACCCGAGACGAUCUUUUUCAUAUCGGCUCUCUCUUCCAAUCAGCCGACGUUUGCAAUGGGAGCCAUUUCGGGUUCAGUGAUUGUAGUUUGUACAGUCGCAGUGGGAUUAUGUGUGGUCAUUGGAUCUAACGUGCGUCAUAAAGAUUCCAAUCAAAUCACUCUGUUCCCAAAGGUGAAACAACAAUCGAGAUUUCUCAUGUAUAGUUUGGUAUUUGUAUUGAGCACAUUAUUAUUUGGUUUUCAACUGUUGAUUUGCAUUGGAGGUGUUCUUGGUUUUGCAUCCUUCAUUGUUUACACUCUAUUGAGCAAGAAGGACGAAACACAUGGACAUCACGAAGACAGUGAAGAAGAGGGCGAAGAAGAACAACCAACCUAUAAGGGAGUUCUCUAUCUUAUCGCAGGAGGAUUAUUAAUUUAUGUAUUCUCAGACCCAUUCAUUCAAAGUGUUGUCCUUAUUGGAAAAUCUAUUGGAAUUACUCCUUUAACGUUGGCAUUCUUCUUUGCACCAAUUGCAAGUGAGGCUCCUGAAAUAUUGGAAUCCAUAUCUUUGAGUCGACAAGGAAAAUUGCAAAAUAUUAAUAUUGCUUUCAGUAAUCUAGUUGGUGGUACUAUUUCCAAGACCACUUUAUUAACAGGUAUUUUGAGUUUUUAUGGAUAUAAUCGUGAAUUUGAGUGGCUCUCUCCAGCAUACACACUAAGUCUCUUUUUGGUGUUGGUAUGUGCUGGUUCAGUAUCAGCCUUUGGUUUCGGUGACAAGUUUAGAGCUGUUCAUGGAUACGCACUUCUCUCUUUAUUCUUAAUGAGUUGUUUGACACAAUUCGGAAUUGCAUGGUUCUUUGGUACAGGAAGUGUUCUUCAAUCAGCAGAGUUGGAUUAG